GAUUAAACAUGUGAAUUUUACGAGUAUGGGACUGGAGAACGUGUCUUAUUAAAUUGCAGGAAACAUGACUAACCAAAGACCUUGAGAAGGAAAGAAAAAGUGUAAUUACAAAAUGAUUGUUUCAUUUUUUGAAAAAAAAAGAAAAAAAAUCAAAAACUAUUUAAAAAAUACAACAAUAAAAAAAAGUUUUGGAGGGACAAAUGAUGAUAGAAUAUACAGUUAGGAUUGAAAAGAGAAAAAAUGUUUUAAAAGAUUUAGAUUUAUCCUACAAAUAAAUACCUUGACUCUCGACAUUCACAUUCCAUACCAGUAGGUGGCAGACGUGCGCUCAAAGUUGCAAACCAACCGCCAUUAAACCCCAGAAGAAACAGUGACUGACACAACGUGCUUGGGCCACCAUGGCGUCCGAUGAACCCAAAGCGAAAAAGAUCAAACUUGCAGAUGUAGAGGAUGAGGAGAAGAAGGCAGAGUCUCCGACCAAAGAGACCCUUCCCGACCUAAGCCCUAAUUCACUUUUUGGGAUGGGAAACCCACUGUUGGACAUCUGUGCUGUCGUAGACAAAGACUUCUUAGACAAGUACACUCUGAAGCCCAAUGACCAGAUCCUGGCUGAGGACAAGCACAAAGAGCUAUUCGAGGAGCUUGUAAAGAAGUUUAAAGUGGAGUAUCACGCAGGAGGAGCCACCCAGAACUCGAUUAAAAUCGCUCAGUGGAUGAUCCAAAAGCCUCACAAAGUGGGGACCUUCUUUGGCUGCAUUGGCAAAGAUAAGUUCGGGGACAUCCUGAAGCAGAAGGCAGAAGAGGCCCACGUGGAUGCCCACUACUACGAGCAAGAUGAAGAGCCCACAGGAACGUGUGCCGCUUGCAUCACCGGCGAUAACCGGUCUCUGGUUGCUAACCUAGCUGCUGCUAACUGUUAUAAGAGGGAAAAGCAUCUAGAUGUGGAGGAAAACUGGAAGUUGGUGGAAAAAGCAAAGGUCUUUUACAUCGCUGGUUUCUUCCUGACUGUGUCCGUGGAGUCCAUCUUGAAAGUGGCCAAACACGCUUCAGAAACCAACAAAUUAUUUUGCUUGAAUCUCUCCGCGCCGUUCAUCUGCCAGUUCUUCAAGGACAACCUCAUGAAAGUUAUGCCCUAUGUGGACGUGCUCUUCGGCAACGAGACGGAGGGAGCUGCAUUUGCUAAGGAGCAAGACUUUGAGACUAAGGACAUUAAGGAGAUUGCCAAGAAAGCUCAGGCUUUACCAAAAGUCAACUCAAAGAGGCAAAGGGUUGUGGUGCUGACACAGGGGAAGGAUGAAACUGUCAUGGCUCAGGGUGACAAGGUCGAGACUUUCCCUGUAGUAAAGAUUGACCCCAAGGAUAUUGUGGACACAAACGGUGCCGGAGACGCCUUUGUAGGAGGUUUUCUUUCUGGCCUUGUUCAGGAGAAAUCUCUGGAUCAGUGCGUGAAGGCAGGACAUUAUUCUGCAAACGUUAUCAUCAAACGAGCAGGUUGCACCUUUCCAGAAAAGCCGGACUUCAAAUGAAGAAGCGCAAGAGCUUUUUCUUUAGCCUCAUUCAAUACUUUUUUUCUUUAUAUAAUUACAUUUUUUUAAAUUCCCCCUUUUUCUUCCAAAAUUCCCCUUCUGUGUUCUCCACUAGGGGUCAUUACAGGACCAUGCAGCCAAGAGCCAUGAGUGUGUCUUUGUUUAACCCAACAGACCAUCUCAUCCAAAGUGCAGGUAAAUUGGCUCUGACACCAAGUGUUUGGCUGCACUAAAAAUUUUGGGGUUUUUGAGGUCUGUUGUGUCUUCCCUGCUUUAAAAAAAUGGCCAAGAAAACUUUCCAAAGCAGUUUAUUGAUUUUUAAAUCAUUUACCAGGCCAGUUAUAAAAAGAAAAUGUUUUGUUGCACGUUUUUGUAGAUGUCUUAAACCAUCCAUGUCCAAAGUGUGGCCCGUUGACAAAAUGCAGCCCCUGUUUAAAUAUCCAACAGCCAUCAAUAUAACUUUUGCAUUUUCUAAAAACUGUGGUUGAAUAAAUUAUGUUUUUGUAUUCACCAUGAAGACACAAGACAUACCAUCUACAACUUGCUAACUGGGAAUGAACAGUGUGAAAAACAUUUAGAUCUAUUUGUACUAUGGUAAGAAAUGAGCCAUUGCAUCAAAAUGUUCAUUAAAUGUAUCAAGUAGUUGUUGUGUAUUGAAUCAAACACCAAUUUAAAUCUUACUUGAAUUUG